AUGCAGCGGUUAUCGUACGAUAUGUCCCCGCUGCAGGAGCUAAAAGUACCAAUAAUAUGGUUGAUCGGUGGACCAGGCACCGGAAGGGACACUCAAUCGGCGAUUUUGGAAGACUUCUACGGGUUCGACGUGAUUAAAAUAGGCAGUUUGCUCAGACAACAUGCGAGCAACGAAACAGACAGAGGUCGAGUCAUUAAGGAAAACAUCGAGAAAAAAGUUAAAAUAAUUCCAGACGUAAUUCGGUUCCAUAUAAGUUUCAUAGAUUUAUAUUAAUUCCAUGCUUCC